UCUUAGAGCAUGAAUCUCAGAAGCUGGGUGGACAGCCACUGUGUUCCCUGCUAUCCUAAUCCUAGUCACUGCUGCUGCUAUAACAGCCUCGCGCCAAGAACAUGAACAAGCUGCUGCUUUGGGCCUCUGUCCUCACCAGCCUCCUGGAAGCCUUCGCUGAGACAGACCUCAGCGGGAAGGUGUUUGUGUUCCCCAGAGAAUCUUCUAGUGAUCAUGUGAGCUUGAUCACACAGCUGGAAAAACCUCUACAGAACUUUACCUUGUGUUUUCGAGCCUUUAGUGACCUCUCCCGUCAGUACAGCCUCUUUUCCUACAACACCCAUGGCAAGGAUAACGAACUACUAAUUUAUAAAGAAAAACAUGGAGAGUACAGUUUAUACAUCGGGAAAAGCAAAGUUACAUCCAAAGUUGCUGAAGAGUUCCCGGCCCCGAUUCACAUGUGUGUCAACUGGGAAUCCUCCACAGGCAUUUCUGAAUUUUGGAUCAAUGGGAAGCCUUUGGUGAAAAAGGGUCUGAAGCAGGGUUACUCUGUGGGAGCUCACCCCAAGAUUGUCCUGGGGCAGGAGCAGGAUACCUACGGGGGUGGGUUUGAUAAGAGCCAGUCCUUUGUGGGAGAGAUUGGGGAUUUGUACAUGUGGGACUCUGUGCUGUCUCCAGAAGAGAUCCUGUCAGUCUAUCAGGGUUCGGGCUCCAAUCCUAAUAUCCUGAACUGGCGGGCUCUGAACUAUGAAAUAAAAGGAUACGUCAUCAUCAAACCUAUAGCGUGGCUCUGACAUCUUGAAUCAAGAGUGCUUGAAAAUGAAAAAAAAAAAAGAAAAGAAACAAAAACAUCUUAGAGGUCUCCUCUCAAAGGAACUGGUUACUACUAGAUCCACACUUGCAGCUCUUUGUUCUUUGUCUGCCAAAUAAAAAUAAAUACUCUAUUAUGCUA